AGGUAUUGGGAGGUAGAAGGGUUGCUUUAAACAGUUGGCUGCGUCCACCGCCAAACCCACGGGGGAGCGAGCGCUGCUCCACUGGCCUUACAGGCAGCUGCCCAAUCUAUGACUGGAACACCACUCGACAAGCAGGACUUGUGCCAGAGACCGAGUUCUGGAGGGAAAAGGUUCGUGCCGGUUUUCUAGUUCUCCUUUCCGAGGCGGCCAGGGGAACAGGAGGAGCAAGAGAACUGAGACCUUUCCGGCAGAUCAGAAGCGGACCAACAUGGAAAGAAAUCCCUCCUUAGAGGUGAUAAAGUCUCACCCAGACUUGGUCAUCCGCAUAAAAGACGUGACUCUCGGGGAAGAAAAUCGAAAUAAAAUGGACUCGAAGAAGAGAAAGCUGGAGAAGACAAGAGUUACAGAGGCUGUCUGUGCUCUGUUAAACUCCGGAGGAGGAGUGAUUGAGAUACAAAUGGCCAACAAGAGUGAGCAGCCUGUGGAGAUGGGACUGGAUUUGGAACAGUCUUUGAGAGAGCUUAUCCAGUCUUCUGAUUGGCAGUCUUUCUUUGAGACCCGGCAACGAAGGAACCAUUUUUACAUUUUUGUUAAAUCUUGGAGCUGUGACCCUGAAAACGGUUCUGCUAAACCUCGCAUUUGCAGCCAAAACUCUUCCUUGUACCGUAGAUCUGGAACAUCAGUGAUUCCCAUGAGUUCGACAGAUGCAUUUGUAUAUCUAAAACGUAAGAAGAGUGUCGGAUGUGGCCUGACUGAUGGAGGAGCUCCACCUGUUAAAAUUCCCAGAGUUAUGCGUCAGAACAGCCUUGAAAUAAAUCCUGCUUUUGAAAUUUUCCAAAGCGAGAAACUCGAAUAUGGUCAAAUCUUGCCUUUUCCUGAAUCUAUACAAGUAGAGUUUAAACAAUUUGCUACAAAAAGUGCCCAAGACUACAUUAAAAAUAUAAUUCCAGAGUAUGUCCCUGCAUUUGCAAACACCAGGGGAGGCUACCUUUUCAUUGGCGUGGAGGACAAGAGCAGGAAGGUCCUGGGAUGCCCAAAAGACUAUGUUACCCGUGACUCUUUGGAAAGAGUGGCAAAUGAAGCAAUAUCUAAGUUGCCAGUUUUUCAUUUUUCGUCAUCUGAAGAAAAAGUGUCUCACAAGACCAGAGUCAUAGAUGUGUUUCACGAGGGGAAUUUGCGUGGUUAUCUCUGUGCGAUCAAAGUGGAGGCUUUCUGCUGUGCAGUGUUCUCAAAAGCUCCCAUUUCAUGGAUGGCAGACAGGGAGAAAAAUGUCAUCUACACACUGACUACUAAGGAAUGGGUAGGCAUGAUGAUGGAUGCUGAUCCAGAGGCAGCUUCCAAUCAGUCGUCUUCCCUCGGUACCCUGUGUGAAGAUUUUGAGUGUCAGCUGAGUCUCUCCGACAGCCCUCCACGCUGCAGACCAGUGUAUUCGAAGAAAGGACUGGAGCAUAAAGUCGACCUCCAAAAGUGUUUAUUUCCAGUGUCACCAGGAUGUUUGAAAUAUACUCCGGAAUCCCUCUGGAAGGAGCUGUGCUCACAGAAUAAGGGACUGGAGGACUUAUUAAUCCAGCAAAUGCACUCUGUCCCCUGUGGUCUACUGAUCCUCUCUAGAAGCUGGGCUGUGGACCUGAACUUGGAGGAGAGGCAGGGAGUCAUCUGUGAUGCCCUGCUGAUUGCAGAGAAUAGCCCUCCCACCCUCUACACCAUCCUUGGGCAGCAGGAUGAGGGGGCACAGGACUACUGUACCCACACUGCCUUUACUCUCAAGCAGAAGCUAGUGAACACUGGUGGCUAUACUGGGAGGGUGUGCGUCAUGACCAAGGUUCUCUGCCUGGAAUCCGAGAGCAAUGAAGAUACCAGUGAGAGGUCAGCCUCUCCUAUAGAUUACCCACGCUCCUAUAACCUUGCAAACACCCAGGAAACGGAAGCCUUGCUGCAGGCGCUUGUGAUUGUCUUGCUCAACUUCAGAUCUUUCUUGAGUGACCAGCUUGGCUGUGAAAUUUUGAAUCUUCUCACAGCCCAACAGUAUGAAAUAUUCUCAAAAAAUCUCCGCAAAAACAAGGAACUGUUUGUGCAUGGCUUACCAGGGUCAGGCAAGACAGUCAUGGCCAUCAAGAUCAUGGAAAAGAUCAGAAACACAUUUCACUGUGAAACAGAUAGAAUUCUCUACAUCUGUGAAAAUCAACGCUUGAGGGACUUUAUCAGGGCAAAAAAUAUUUGCCAGGCAGUGACCCGGAAAACUUUCAUGGCGUUUGAGACAGACAUGAUCCAACACAUCAUUGUUGACGAAGCCCAGAAUUUCCGCACUGAAGAUGGGGACUGGUAUAAGAAGGCAAAGCUCAUCACUCAGAGAGAGAAAGAUUGUCCCGGAAUUCUCUGGAUCUUUCUAGACUAUUUUCAGACCAGCCACAGGCAAGAGAGUGGCCUCCCAUGUUUCUCACGCCAAUAUCCAAAGGAAGAGCUCACAAGAGUGGUACGCAAUGCAGAUAAAAUAGCUGAGUUCUUACAGAAGAAGUUACAGGAAAUCAAAAAUAACCCUCCAUGCACGAUCCCUCCUGAGUCCCUGGAGAUGCUCAAUGAAUUUACCUGGACUCAUGGUGUACCUGGCAGCUUUGAUAUCAUACACUUGAACUUGAGAGAGAUGGUGAACUAUGUAGCAAAUAAGUGCAAUUCUUUCUUGAGGAAUGGCUACUCUCCCCAAGAUAUCGCUGUGCUUUUCAGCACGGAAGAGGAAACAAAUACGUAUAAAGAUCAGUUCCUGAGAGAAAUGAGGAAGAGGAGAGUGUCUCAGAUGGAGGAUGCAUUUGUCUAUCCUCUUGACAUGUUUGACAGCAUCCGUCGAUUCUCAGGCCUGGAAAGAAGCAUUGUGUUUGGCAUUAACCCCCGUUCAGUUGAACGGGGCAUUUUCUGCAACCUAUUGCUCUGCUUGGCAUCCAGAGCAAGGAAACAUCUGUAUAUUCUGUCGUGUCCUGAUCGUUCUACCCCUAUCAGGAUGUAGCUCAAUAGCUGAAUGGGAUGCAUAAGGUCCUAGGUUCAUUCACUGCUGAUAGGAAAGCAAAACCUAGUCGAGGCUCUUCAGGAAAAGAAGAAAAAUAAACAUGCAACAAAUCUCUUGUCCUAUAGUUUCAGAAAAUGCUGGCAAAAAGAUUACCAGUGGGCACUGAAGCUCACUGUGACUCUGAGGCUGACAGAAAAGUUGAAGAAAAAACUGGGAAAAUAAUGUGCAUUUGACAAAUGCUGUGAAAAUAUUGAAAACACAAAGAUUGAAACUAGAUAAAAACAAUGCAAUAUAGUAAGCCAUAUCUGAUUUUUAAAACAGGCUUCGACUUUAAAUUGGUAAAUACAUUUAUAAAAAUUUAAUGUAUUUUCAGCUUUAAAGUUAAAGACUAAAAACACCCCGGUGUCUAAAAAGAAAACAUGGGCCACUCCCAGACCCAUCCAGCAGCAGCCAGAAGGCCACUGUGAGAGUGAGCAGAGGUAUCGUAUGGUGUCUUGAGUGUGUGUAUGUGUGUGUCUGUGACAGAGAGAGAGAGAGAGAGAGAGAGAGAGAGAGAGAGAGAGAGAUAUUCAGGUCCUGUGGACAGAAGACUAUCUGAAGAGAUGAGGAAGGAAGAGAUCAGGCUGAGAUGGUGGGGUAGCUGACCCCUUGACCAGCAGCAACACACUGGAAAGUGAGCCCUGCACUUUGUCUGGGCAGUGCAGCAGAGGUGACCCUGUUGGUGAGAGCACAGGUGAGCCCACCCUGAGGACCUGAGCAUGGGACACCUAGCCCCACCCCUCAUUUGCCACAUAGCAGCAUCAGCUGAGGAGAGAAUCCCUCCUCUGCCCAUCAAUGCCUGGGGCAGGUGGGAGAGCUGACCCUGUGGUCACAAGAGCAGGAGACCUGUCCUGACCCCCACCAGCUGCAGCACUCCGGAGAGCAGGUCCUACACCUCGCCAUGACAGCACAAUUGAAACAACACUGUUAGCACAGGUUUAAGAGAGCCAACCCCGAAAUUGUUACUAUGGGAGAAUGUCCCCAUUUGCCAUCUGUUGGGCCCAUCCUGCAGGUGCCCAGGCCCCCACCCAGAGUUAUGUCUGGCCUGUUCCAGCAUCCAUGAUCUGCUGGAGCACAGUGCAGGGACCUGACCCAUAGACCCAAAGCUGCCGGAUCUCCACAGCACAGGGCAGCAGCGGGAUGUCCAGGAGUGUCACUCAGACUCUGAUAUCAUAAGGGCGUCUUCCUUACAGAGAUGCUAAUCGGGAGUGGUAGGGUCUUUAGGGAAUGUCCCUGUGGAGACUCUCAGGAAUAUCCCCUAAGAGUGUAAACAGGGCACAAUAGGAGCUGUGGGAGAGAAAAGGACUCAUGGCUCACCCAUCACAGAAACUUUGUCUUUUGAUUAGAACGGACUUAAGAGAAUCGUGAUUUGACAAACUGUGUUUAUGCUAGAGUUAUGAUAUUGACCUGUUAAUGUUUGUAGUUUAUUAUGAAGAUGUUACUGAUUAGAAAAAGAUUAGAGCUUGUCUGAGAAAAUUUUAAUAUAAGUCCUUAGAUUUGACAUGUUUAAAACAACAAAUUUGGAAUUUGAUUGUAGCUACAAACUGUUAAAGAUUUUGUGAGGGUCAAAUUUGAACUAAACUAAGACCACUCCUCUUAUGCCCUCUCCACGAUCUCAAGUUCCCCAAGUUCCUGAAAUGAGUCGAACACCCUGGGUAUGACUGAUGAGGGUACGAUUGGUCACUGACUACAUGGCUAAUGACAGCUACUAACCACACCUGAUGUAUUCUUAUCUAUUUUACUCUUUAAUUCUGUGCUUCUCCUUGCCAUAAUGAAUCAGGUUAAAUGUCAGCUACCCCAAGACCCUCUGACAAGGCUGUGACCCACUUGUGGUUUUUUCCUAUAUAAAUGCUGACCUGUAAAAGCUCAGGACCGCUCUCCCCCAUCCAAAGCACUGGAGUGUUGGACAGUGGACCAAGCUUGGGGUUGUAAUAAACCUCUUUUUGUUUAUUUCAAAUUCCGGCUCUGUGGUGGUUUGUUUGGGGGUGUUGUGACACUGGCACAACAACAUCCUAGACCAGUUUAAGAAGGUGAUCCCCACCUUUGGUCAUUCUACACUCCUUUAUUAGGAGAUGUUAUUGUAGCCAUAGGAGUAUCACAAAGAAUUAUCUGCUUGCAUAUCAUUAUCUAAUGGCUGGUGAACUCUCUUGACAGAAAACUGGCUCAAAGGUACACAGGGCCCAGAGAUGCACUCUUCCUUAACCCUUUGUUUACAGAGGCUGGUAGUCAGUGAUGGGUACGAUUUUUCCCCCAUGCAAUCUAAGACAGACUGUACAUGAUAGAAUGUAUGUACCGGUGACAGGUAAGUCUGGAAAAUGGGGAGAAGGCUCUGAAGCCAGGCACAGUCAUCUGUCUUUUAGCAGAAGCACAGGCUUUAUUAAAAUAAAUUGAAAGGGAGGAACUGUGAGUGUCCUUAGAUGUGAGUCCACUCCAACUUGUCUAGAGGUCAGAGAAUUUGAGCUUAUUUUGUUCUUUCAAGUUGUUGACAAGUGGCUACAAAACAAGAGGUCCUGACAUAGGGUGGUUAAUUCGUAUUUUGAGUACAGAGGUGUAUCAGCUUCACCAGGACCAAAGGUCAGAGAUGCUCUGUCUAUUCCUUUUACCAUGCUAAUGAAGUCUGUUGCUUCCCCCUUCCCUUUUUGGAGUAGAGUUUUAUAAAUGUAGAAA